AUGGGGAAGAGACCGCCAUCCUCUGAAGACAUGGAGAAGGGACGUGAAAAGGCUCGACCUUCCAUGCCUCCGCCACACUUAUGCCCCCCACCACCAAAGCCAUGGGUGCCGUGGCUCGUGCCGAUCAUAUUUGUGGCCAAUGUAGCCGUGUUCAUUUACACCAUGUACGUCAAUGACUGUCCAUCAAUCGACGAGAACAAGUGUAUUCUUCCUUCUUUGAAGAGGUUCUCUUUCCAACCCUUCAAAGAAAACCCUCUCCUUGGUCCUGCCGGACUCACUCUAAAAAAACUAGGAGCCCUUGAACGGCAACGAGUGGUGGAAGAGGGCGAAGGAUGGCGCCUCUUGUCUUGCAUGUGGCUUCAUGCGGGAGUCGUUCACUUACUUGCCAAUAUGCUGAGCCUUUUAUUCAUAGGAAUCCGGCUUGAGCAGGAAUUUGGAUUUAUCAGAAUAGGACUCUUGUAUGUGCUUGCGGGAUUAGGUGGAAGUUUAGGAUCGACUAUGCAUCUUAUGAGAACCACAAGCCCGACUAUAUCAGUUGGUGCAUCCGGAGCACUUUUUGGAUUGUUGGGAGCCAUGCUUUCUGAGCUUCUAAUAAACUGGACAAUCUACGUAAAUAAGUGCACAGCGCUCCUGAUACUCAUUGUCGUCAUUGCCCUGAAUAUGGCUGUCGGGUUUCUACCUAAAGUGGACAAUUCAGCUCAUAUAGGAGGAUUCCUUGCAGGAUUUUUCCUUGGCUUUAUUAUUCUUGUUCGUCCUCAAUACGGUUAUAUACGCCGUAAGCAUCUUCCAUCAACCUAUGACGGCAAACAUAAACCUAGGCACAAGGGCUAUCAAUAUGUGCUAGGGAUCGGUGCUCUUGUUAUCUUAAUUCUUGGAUACACAUAUGGCUUUGGUAAGCUAUAUGGUCUUAAGGCAAUGAAAAAUCUGCCUUAA